GAUGGUCAGACUGCGACACAAAUUGCGCACCAACAUUUUCCGUACCAGAGAAAAACUUUGUUUUCUGUUUAGAUUCGAGCACAGUUCCGUGAAAAAACCACAAAACGGGUACAAUGACUAUUCUGGCGAAAUUGAGGGGCGAACCCAAGGACCAGGAGAAGGUGCCACUGCCGAUGAACCUCAACGAUGAGACUCUGAUGCAUCAUGGCUCGCUAAUCGCACCCAAAGGUGCCUACAAUGACUCCGAGGCCGAUGCCGAGUCGAUGGUCUUCAAUCGGCCGCAACACCAUUGCGUCAAGUCGUUCUUGCUCUUCCUAAUCGCUAUGGUGGUCAUGAUGAUGGGAGUGCUGGGCGGCUGGACCCUUUACAGGCUGUACGCCCCCCCGCACGCCAACAUGCGCUACCACGCACUUUGCGAGAUUCCAUAUCCUGAGGACUCGAUCGAGAUGCCACGCUUCUAUCCACGCAGCGACGAUGGGUUCGCCCAGAUCAACUGGCGGGCUCUGUUGCCGCAGUUUAGCGGCGCCAGCUCCGUCGACGGCACUGGCCUGGAGCGGCGAUUCGGUGGCGAUGAGGACAACUUCUUCCGUGAGGAGAUCGAGCUGGACAGCAGCGAUGAAGAGGGAUACGCGAAGAUCGAUGUGCCCGACUUUAAGGACGGACGCCGCGGACGAUUCAUGCACGACUUCAAGGAGAACCAGUCGGCCAUCAUUGACACCACCACCAACCGGUGUUUCAUCAUGCCCCUCGACCGGGAGACCACCCUUCCACCCACCAGUUUCGUCGAUCUGAUGAAGAAGAUGGGCACCGGAUACUACAACAUUGACACGGAGCGAGUGCGCCGUAACAUGCGCGUGAUCACGCCCCGCAUCACCGAUCUCUCGCUCAUCUCGGAGCGCAUUGCCAACGAGUGCUACGACAUGAAGGUCUACAUGAUGGAGAAGUUUAUCUCAGGCGUGUCCAAGCGGUCGGCCGAUCCUCUUCCGGAUGCCGGAAAAUAUGCCGAAUUCAUGGGCAAGGGCGUCAUCGAGUACGAUCUGUCCAACAUAGCCGAGGUGGAGGCCUACGAGGCGAGCGAGGCUGCACAGCAAGUGGCCUGAGGAGGAGAAGCUGGGGAGAGCAGCGAACCUUUUAAGCUACACUACAUAUAAAAUAACACAAACCUAAAAAAAUUAUUAAUUAGAAUUGAUUUAUAUAUAACGAAGAUCGAUCUGUUUGUAGUCGCCAGUUUGAGGUAAAUGCUUAUUAAAUCAGGUUACAACACGGACAGACAGGGCCUGCGGCCACAGACAACCGAACAGAACCGAAUCGAACCGAACCGAAAAGAACAGAACAGAAGAGUGUAUAUCCAUUGGCCAAUCGACGAUCUCUGCGAGCGAUCGCGCUCGUGGGAUCGCGCAAGAGUUUUAGCAAAUCAUAGACACCGUACGUACUUCUUAGUAAAGAAGCUAAAAAAGCGAAAAAAUGUACCUAGAACGCAAUCAAAAUGCGAUUGAAGAAAUUGUGACAAAUACGAAAGAAAGCAAUGAAUCAGCCAGGCAGUAGGAGAUUAGUAGGAGUAGGGGUGGGGGUAUUUGGACGCGGUACUCAUACAAAAAGAAAACAUACGCCCCCCUCCCCGCAACAAAGGAAAAUGACGCACGACAAGGCAUACAGCAUUCCAUUCCAAGUACAUAUUUUAUAUAGUAUAUGCUCUUUAACUAUCUAACAAUUAAUGUAAAGAACGACAACACAUGAGAUCGACAGCUAUUUACGGAAGGAAAACAGUAGAGAUCGAAAUCAGAACAAAACUAUCAAAAAGAAACAAACAGAAACACUACUCUAAAUGUUCUUUAAAGUAUUUAAAUGUAUUAAACGCGAAUUUGUGAUCUUUAAGCCA